UGUUAUGUAUGUAAAUUUAAAACUGAUAGUUGGAUAUCGUUAGUGUAUCAUUUUAAAAUUUUCCAUUUGUUAAAAUUUGAUAGCAAUUAUACAUGCUGUGAAGAAACUUGUACACAGUCUUUUCUUAACUUAGCUACUUUUAAAAGACACCUUCAUAGAAAGCAUGUAACACCUCUAUUAGAACUAAAACCAGUACAAUCAUUUUCUAAUGACUCUCCACUAUUACUUCAAAGUACAGAAAGUGUUGAUAGCCAUAACCUUUUAACUGAAACUCCUGUUAAUAAAAUUCCAUUUAAUCUUGAUCUAUUUAGUGAAGCCAUAUAUAAAUCUGCUAUUGAGUUUAUAGUUAGUUUACACAACAGUAACAAUUUUACUAGAGUGGAUAUUAUAUCAAUUCAAACUGGAAUACUAGACUCAAUUAUUGCUCCAGUUGUAUCCAUGUUAAAAGCAGUAAUUGACAACGAAAUUAAAGAACCUAUUACACGUGGUAAAUUCCAUAGAGUAACUUCAGUUAUAGAAAAUAUUUUUCAGCAUUGUAAUUCUGAAUAUUGUUUAAUAAAUUGGCUCAAAAAAAAUGAUUUUUUAAGUAAUAUUUAUCAAUUUAAUAUAAACAAAGAAAUUUGUCCUGUUCAACAUAUUGGUGAAAGUGUAUAUAAUGAAAAAAAUACUACAGGAGCUCUUUUACCUUUAAAGUUUCAAUUUAAAAAAUAUUUUGAACAAGGUUCUUUAAUAUUGGACUAUUAUAGACAGAAUAAUAAGCUAAAUGAUGGUAUUAGAUCAACAUUGGUCGACAUACUUAUUGGGCAUAUACUAUCACAGCGCAUACAAAUGUCUGUAAGCUUGGCUGAAUCUAUAGCAGAUCAAAUAGUGGCAAUGUUUAAUUCUGAAAUUAAGGAUACCUAUUUCAUGAAAAUUGGAUGUAAUAAAAACCCAAAAGGCAAAUUGUAUGCCAAGUAUAAUAACUCAAUGAGAAAUCUAAAAAAUACUGGGUUAAUUCAUACUACAACUAAAUUAGAAAAAAAUAAAACUGGUAGCAGAAAUCAAGAGAAAGAGAGUUGUACUGAGAAGACAUUUGUACCAGAAAAUGAAAUAGAUUAUAUAUUGGAUGAAUUGAAACAUGACAACAGUCCAUUUCCUGAUAUUGAAAAAAACUGGAAAGCUAGUGUAAACUAUCGACUUAAUUACAUUAAAAAUUCAGAGUCAACAGCGAAAAUAUUAAAAAAUUGGAAACAAUAUUCAAUUCCUUAUGGCCAUAAACUAGUAAUAAAUUCUUUAUUAUCUAUGGCACCAGUUGCCAGUACCCGUGUGUUAUCGAUCGUCGCUCUCGGCGUUAUCAGUUUGCGCGUUCUUAUCAAGCGCCUGUUAUCGUGUCGCCGCGUUCGAAGUGUGCCGCACGGUGUUCGCGUCGGUUUGCAUAAUGUCGCAGCGCGAACGACGACCACGGUGUUGUGCAGUGAAACGUGCGUAUCGUAA